CCUAAAUACAUAUCAGUAUCAGCCUGUAAGUGUGGACAUUGAUCGAGAUUUUUCAAUUAAUUACAACGAGUAAUACUAUGAUGAUGAAUCAUAUGUGUUAGAGUAUAAAUUAAUUAGUAAGAGAAGUAAGCUACGACACUUACUCGUUCUGUUUCUCUAUUUUUUUCAUUCAGAAAGUAGAUUUAAUCUGUUUGCUUUAAAACUGAAAAUUUUUGUAAAGAGCAUGGCAUUUCUUUUAUUACUGACUGUUUUUGUUUUGCCUGAAUUUUUCAACUAAUCCUUUGUUUUCUUAGCUGUCAUAGAACCAUCAAUAAUAUACCGCCAAUCACAAAUAUUGUCGAACAGGCACUAAACUAUCGAUAAUCUUUUCAUUUUCAUAUUUGAAGAAAACGAUAUUGAAUACAAAUCUAAAUACAUCAUUGAAAAUUGCUUUUUAUUCACUUUUUUCAUCUAGUUGAUUUAAAAAGCAUUUGUUUUCCGGAUAUUUAAGGUCUUAAAAGCAAUAAUCAUCAGUUGUUUUUGGGUAGUGUCCGUAUUUUCACAGAUACAAUGGUCGGCAAUCGUUUUUUUACGUUUAUAAUUUCUGCUUUCGUUUUCAACCUAAACACCGUGUUUUGUGCGACAUGUUGGUCAGCGAAUGCUUGCAUUGAUGCAGGUGAAUGCGCUGCAAAAGGUGGCAAUUCUCAAGCAAACCUCUGUCCUGGCGCUGUAAACAUUCGAUGUUGUUCCUGUUCUACCUGUAUGGAGCCGACAGCAUGUACUGCUAAUGGUGGUACUCCUUAUCCAGGUAUCUGUCCGGAUGCUGACAAUUCUCAAUGCUGCAAAUCAGGAACCUUGCCAACAGUACCUUCUAGCAAACCAAUCAAUACAAUGCUUACUGGUUUAGCUGAUAUUUUGCGUGGUGCCGGUCUCAAUGUGGUAGAAGAAGAAGGAUGGAAAACACGUGGCCACAGUGUAAUGAGUUCAGUGAAAGGUAUCGUUGUACACCAUACAGCUGGUCCAGCAACAGGUGAAUAUCCAUCAUUAAAAAUUGUUCGAGAUGGUCGUAGUGAUUUGCCUGGUCCACUUUCGCAACUUGGACUUGGCCGUUCUGGAACUUGGUAUGUGAUUGCAGCAGGUAAAUCUUAUCAUGCUGGUAGUACCAAAGAUGAUACACUCUUCGGCAAUGCAAAUGCAAUAGGCAUCGAAGCUGAAGGAACUGGUCUUCCAGCUGACAACAGUAGUCAUAAAAAUUGGCCAGAGGUUCAAUGGCAGAGUUACGUGCGUGGUGUUAAAGCCCUUCAAGCAGCUUAUGGUGUACCUACAUCAAAUGUUUUGGGACAUAAGGAAGCAGCAGUUCCUGCUGGCCGUAAAAUCGAUCCAAACUUUUCCAUGGACGAAUUUCGUGCUGCACUUGGUUAA